AGUAACAUCCAAAUGUUUUCACUAAAAAAGAAAAUGAAAAAGAAAGACGACUAGCCGAGCUCCCAAUCCCCAAAUGUAAGGUUUUAUCGCCAUCAUCUCUUCUUCAGAUUGAGACUCCUCUCCGAAACCAGACUUUCAGACGCAGGUCUCACCGUCGCAGCAGUCCUACUCCGGCAGUGGGCGGACAUCAAUCUCGAAUCUCCUCUCCUAUUUUUCCGCCUUAGAUCGCAGGUCGUCUUCUCCGACCGUCCGGCUCCGGCUUUGUUCAGCAGUACAGCACCGCCGCAAUCCCUCAGGAACGGUGGCAGCAUCGCAGUAGCGACGGUGACGUCAAGAAUUGUAUACAAAAACACUCUUUUCGAGUAACGAUGGCUUUUAAAUCAAUAGAAGAGUGGAGUGUGUGAACCGAAGGGAGCUCGUGGAAGCUAAGUUUGACUCAGGUGGAUAGAAAUCGAUGACGCCAAAAGCUGCCAUGGCUGUGGGAGGAUAGAAAAGGUCAGGUCGGGACUCGGGGGCAUGAUCAAGUCUAGUAGUGACUGAAUAUGGAAAUGGCAGCAGUUUACAGCCUCUAUAUUAUCAACAAAUCAGGAGGCCUUAUUUUCUAUAAGGAUUAUGGUUCAGCUGGAAGAAUGGACACCAAUGAUAGUUUGAGGUUGGCAAGUCUUUGGCAUUCGAUGCAUGCCAUUUCUCAGCAACUUUCUCCUGUCAAUGGUUGCUCGGGCAUUGAACUCCUUCAAGCAGAUACCUUUGAUCUUCACUGCUUCCAAUCUCUUACUGGGACAAAGUUUUUCGUGGUGUGUGAGCCUGGAACAGUGCACAUGGAGCCUCUCUUGAAACAUAUAUAUGAAUUGUACACCGAUUAUGUCUUGAAGAAUCCUUUCUAUGAAAUGGAGAUGCCGAUUCGGUGUGAGCUCUUUGACAUCAACUUGGCACUUGCUGUGCAGAAGGAUCGAGUCGCAUUACUGGGAAGAUGAAUGAAUCGGACUGCCUUUUCCUUGAUGCUACUACCAAAGGUUUGUUUGACUACUUAUUUCGCACGCCUGCGUGACAAGAAUACCCUUUUGACAUUUGGGAAAUGAGGGCAAUUGACAUCUCAUAGACUCCUACGGAUACACCCAACUGAAGUCUGUUUUUAUUGGUUUUCAUAUAUAAAGCAUUCAGGUCUCUUCUUAUAACAAAGUCCUCUUUUUCCUUCUUUUUUUGUUUUUCAAUAUCUUUUUCCUCAUUGGGAAGUUGGCGUGGUUGGGCUUUGAAACGAGUUGAUUUGACGAAAUGGAUUGAAGUCCUCUUUUGAAACACUUGUUUCUUUUGGCACACACUACAUCAUUACACUAUUUUAUAGAAAGUAUUGCAAUGUGUGAGAUUGUCUUGUGGGUUCUUGGGAACAAUAAUGCCAUAUAACACCAUGUU